CAGCUGAUGAACUCCAGCGGCUCCCACAAGGACCUGGCGGGAAAGUAUCGUCAAAUAUUGGAAAAAGCCAUUCAGCUGUCGGGUGUGGAACAACUGGAAGCUUUGAAAGCCUUUGUAGAAGCAAUGGUGAAUGAGAAUGUCAGCCUAGUGAUCUCCCGUCAGCUGCUGACAGAUUUCUGCACCCAUCUUCCCAGUCUCCCUGACAGCACAGCCAAAGAAAUUUACCACUUCACCUUGGAAAAGAUACAGCCUAGAGUGAUUUCAUUUGAAGAGCAGGUUGCUUCAAUAAGGCAACAUCUUGCAUCAAUCUAUGAGAAGGAAGAAGACUGGAGAAAUGCAGCACAAGUGUUGGUGGGGAUCCCUUUGGAAACAGGGCAAAAACAGUACAAUGUAGAUUAUAAACUGGAGACCUACCUGAAAAUUGCCAGACUGUAUCUGGAGGAUGAUGACCCAGUUCAAGCAGAAGCUUAUAUUAAUCGAGCCUCCCUGCUUCAGAAUGAAUCAACUAAUGAACAGUUGCAAAUCCAUUAUAAGGUUUGCUAUGCUCGAGUUCUUGAUUACAGAAGAAAAUUCAUUGAGGCUGCCCAGAGAUACAAUGAGCUCUCCUAUAAGAGCAUAGUCCAUGAAACUGAGCGACUGGAGGCCUUGAAGCAUGCCUUGCAUUGCACUAUUUUGGCAUCAGCAGGACAGCAGCGUUCUCGCAUGCUUGCCACGCUCUUCAAGGAUGAGAGAUGCCAGCAGCUUGCAGCCUAUGGGAUCCUGGAAAAAAUGUAUCUGGACAGAAUUAUCCGUGGAAACCAACUGCAGGAGUUUGCAGCUAUGCUGAUGCCUCACCAGAAAGCGACUACAGCUGAUGGUUCCAGUAUCCUGGACAGAGCUGUUAUUGAACACAACUUAUUAUCUGCAAGCAAACUUUACAACAACAUUACUUUUGAAGAGCUUGGAGCAUUACUAGAGAUCCCUGCAGCCAAGGCAGAGAAGAUAGCGUCUCAGAUGAUAACUGAGGGUCGCAUGAAUGGGUUUAUCGACCAGAUCGAUGGAAUUGUUCAUUUUGAGACUCGUGAAGCUUUGCCAACUUGGGACAAGCAGAUUCAGUCACUGUGUUUCCAGGUGAACAACCUGCUGGAGAAGAUAAGUCAGACAGCCCCAGAGUGGACAGCACAGGCCAUGGAGGCCCAGAUGGCUCAGUGACUGUGUGCUCAGUGUCAGAAUGGAGGCAAUGAACGGCCUGCUGUGCCUGAAGAAGGGAACUGACUAGGACUGUGAAACAAACAAAUAACCCGCCUUCACUUCCCUAUCUUCUGCUUUCACUAUGGGUUAGGACACAGUUAGAUGAUACCAUGUUUGGUGUGACAGGCCCCC